AUGGCUUCCUAUUGUUCAUGCCGUCUAAUACCUGAGGCUACUGGAAGGAGGUUUAAUGUGCUCGACUAUGGUGCUGAUGGAAACGGCAAAAUCGAUGCUACACCGGCUUUCCAAAAAGCAUGGGGACAUUUCUGUCGAGCAAGUGAAGAAAUGCCAACCCUUGAAGUACCAGCAGGGAAGACGUUCUUGUUGAAGUCUGUCUCAUUCAGUGGCCCUUGCAUGUCCAAGAACCCUCAUGUUUUGAUCGAAGGUACAAUCGUUGCACCAAACAGCUUUGAUUCAUGGGAUGAUGAUGAUUAUGAAAAAUGGAUUGGAUUCACAGCCUCUAUUGGUCUCAUUGUUGAUGGAGGAGGAAGAUUUGAUGGACGAGGAGAAGCUUGGUGGAAAGCUUGCAAUGAUAAUGAUAGUGCCUGCUCGAAACGUCGCCAGGCUCUCCAUUUCAACAAAUGCAAUGGUCUCCGACUAAGUAACUUGCACCAUGUCAACAGCCAAAAAGGUCACAUAAGCAUAAAUGCAUGUGAUGAUGUCGAAGUCUCCAAUCUUCAAAUCCUUGCACCAGAUGAGAGCCCAAAUACAGAUGGGAUUGAUAUCUCUGAGUCAAACCAUGUCAAUAUCCACGACUCUUUUAUAGGAACCGGUGAUGACUGUAUUGCCAUCAAUGGUUUCUCCACUUCCAUUAAUGUUACUAGUGUCCAAUGUGGACCAGGCCAUGGUAUAAGUAUUGGAAGUCUAGGAAAGGAUGGGGCCUAUGAAACAGUAGAAGAGGUCCAUGUUAAAAGCUGUGCCUUCAAAGGAACUCAGAAUGGUGUACGAAUCAAGACAUGGGAGAGCGGAUCAGGAUAUGUCAGGAAGAUCACAUUUGAGGAUAUCACAUUUGUGAAUUCCGAAAACCCUAUUAUUAUUGACCAACAGUACAAUCCUAAUGGAAACAGGGGAAGCUCAGGAAUAAAAAUCAGUGAUGUUACAUACCGCAAUGUGCAAGGAUCUUCAGCUGAUGAGGUAGCAAUCGCUUUGAAUUGUGCUGGCAGAGCGGCUUGCACCAACAUUGUAAUGGACAACGUUAAGAUUACCUCCUCUAAUCCUGGAAAACAAAUACGCGCCUCUUGCAAUAAUGCCAUGGGAACUGCCAUCUCUGCCUCUCCAACUGUGCCUUGCCUAUCAAGUUGAAUAUAGCCUUUUCAGUGCAG